UUAAUUUGGGAGAUCUCGUCUUUGCUUCUACGGAAAUUGGUACGCAGUAUUGUAGUUCCGACAGGGAACACGGAAAUCACGUUAUAGACCAGCGGCCAAAACAGCUGCACCUGCAAAAACCCUUGGUGGUUUACCGGUUUUGCUGUGAGCGAGUGCAAGUGCAUUAAGAAAGCGUCGUUCCACACUGUGUCCCCCUUGCCCCAGCCAGGGUCCUGCGCUGAGACAACCCUUGGAACUGGACCAUGGGUCUCCUGUCGGACCCUAACAGAAGGCGCGCCCUGACCAAACUCCUUACCCGCCUCAACGCUCCAAUCUGUGUGGUGUGUUACAUGGCGGGCGUGGCUUGGUUCAUGGGGCUGGCCUUCGAGCCAUUUACGCUGCGGACCUACAUGUCGGAGAACGCCAUGGGUUCUACCAUGGUGGAGGAACGCUUCCCAGCUGGGGAGAGGGCACUGGCCACGGGCAAAGAAUUUGCCGCUCACAAGAGGAAGGCAGGAGGGAUGCCGGUGGACUGGCUGGUGAAGACCAUGCAGGCUCGGGGGCUGGAGGUGUUCACCCAGAGCUUCACUCGCACCUUGCCCUUCCCCGAUGAAAACAAAGAGAGAUACAUGGUGCGUGGCACCAACGUGUACGGCAUCCUGCGGGCCCCCAGGGCGCCUCGUACUGAAGCCCUGGUGCUGACUGCCCCCUGCAGCCCCGGGAACAGCAACAACCAGGCAGUGGGGCUCCUGCUCGGCCUGGCCCAGUACUUCAGGAGCCAGAUCUUCUGGGCGAAGGACAUCAUCUUCCUGGUGAACGAGCAUGACCUGAUCGGUACGCAGGCUUGGCUGGAGGGAUACCACCACACCAACACCACCGGUAUGGAUUGGUCGCCACUGCAGGGGCGGGGCGGGUCCAUCCAGGCGGCGCUGUCGCUGGAGCUGAGCAGCGAUGAGAUCACCAGUAUGGACCUGGUCCUGGAGGGACUGAACGGACAGCUGCCCAACCUGGACCUGGCCAACCUCUUCCACGCCUUCUGCCAGAAGAUCAGCGUGCUCUGCACCAUCCAGGGCAAGCUCCAGAGGAACGACUGGGACACGGCAUCGGGCUACAGCCACGCCGUCCAGACCAUGAGCCUGAUGGUGCUGAAGCAGGCCAGUGGCCGGCCCUGGGGGGACCACGGCCUCUUCCUGCGCUACCACAUCGAGGCGGCCACCCUGCGAGGCAUCAACAGCUUCCGGCAGUACAAGACGGACAUCACCACCAUCGGCAGGCUCCUGGAGGGAAUGUACCGGAAGCUGAACAACCUCCUGGAGCGUCUCCACCAGUCCUACUUCUUCUACCUGAUGCCCUCCCUCUCUCGCUUCGUCUCCAUUGGCUACUACAUGCCGGCCUUUGGCCUCCUGGCCCUCAUCCUCGUCCUGCGUGCCUUGGACCUGUGGGUCCAGCUGGGUGCCGCCGCCCCCAGGACAGAGGAGGGGCAGGUCGAGGCAGAGCAGGCGUCCAGCCCUGGGAUUCUGUCCAUACUGACCCCGGUGGUGAUCAGUCACAUGACGGGCGUGGCCCUCUACACCCUGCCCAUCCUGUCUCAGGACACUGCGGUGGAACACUUCCCCGUGUCCAAGACCGAGGCGGUGGUCUUGACGGCCAUCGCCAUCUACACAGCCGGCCUAGCCCUGCCACACAACACACACCGGCUGGUGUCGGGAGAGGGCACGGAGCAGGGCUGGAAGGUUCUGAAGCUGGUGGCUGUGCUGUACCUGGCCGUGCUCCUCAGCUGCACCGCCCUCAUCAACUUCUCCCUGGGCUUCAUCCUGGCCCUCACCCUGGUGCCCCUGGCCGCCUUCAUCACCCCACACGUGCCCAAGGUUCUGUCUGCCUUCCUCAUGGUGGUCCUGAGCCCCGGCUGCACCCUCCUGUUCUGCGUGUUCCUCUUCCAGGAGCUGCAGGAGAUGCCCGUGUCCCUGCUGGAGGGCUGGGUGCUCUACCUGUCCGUCAUCUCCCAGGGCAUCCUGGACCACGCCCUGUACGGCUCGCUGCUCUACCCUCUGCUGGCCCUGCUGGUCUACCCCUGCUGGCUGCUGCUCUGGAACAUCCUCUUCUGGAAGUAGCUUGCCCCAGCCCCAGCCACAGCCAUCCCAGACCCGGGGCCAGGGGAGGUGGCUCUCCAGCUGCAGGCUGUCCGAGCUGGGCUGAGGACUGGGCCUUCCCAGGAAAGGGAGGAGAUGACCCGACUGGCUGAAGAGGACAGGGGAAGGAGUUGAAUGCUUUGGUUGGAUUUGUAUGCAGACACUCAUAUAGGGUUGAGGGGUUAAAGGUUAAAUGCUCGAGCGCAUAAAAAAAAAAAAAAGGGUGGGGUGGUGUUGGGGGUUUGGAUAGCAGAGGGAAAAUGCUGGCACUGGUUUUUAUUUAUAUGAUCAAUGUGUUUGUUUGGGGUGGGGGGGGGGUACAGGCCCCACAGGCGUGAUACCAGACAACUCUCUCAGUCUGACGCUGGAGAAUCUAAGUUACACGUAUCCACUCAUCCACUGUACAAACAUCUUUUGCUUUUAAUGUUUUUAUAUUAGUUUGUUUUGAUAACUUUAUUUGAGCCCUCUGUGCACAACCACAUUUAUAUGCCAAACCAAUAAAUCUGAAAACUGACCGG